AUGCCAGGCAAACCUGCCCCCAUCAAGAAGGCCCCAGCCAAGAAGGCUGCCGCGAAGGCACCUGAGCCCGCCCCGGCGCCCGAACCCGCUCCCGUAGAGGCUGCACCUGCGGAGGCUGCACCUGCGGAGGCUGCACCCGCCGAGGCUCCCGCUGAGGCGCCGACCGAGGCAGCUCCCGCAGCCGAGGGAGAGGCUGCCCCCGCCGCCACGGCUGAGGACACACCCGCCGCUGAAGGAAGCGCUCCAGUCCCCACCAGCGCUCCUCUGGACGUAAGUGUGGAAGAUGUGAACGACUCCAGCCUCACCAUUAAAUGGAAAACUCCAGAGGCCAUCGGAGACUCCGGCCUGAGCGGAUACGCCGUCGAGUACCGCAAGGAUGGAACAUCAGACUGGGUGGCUGCUCAUGAGGAGUUGACCCCAGCUAACCGCUACUGCAUCAAGAAUCUAACAGCCGAUGACCUGCUGCAUGUGCGCGUGGUGGCCGUAAACCCCGGUGGCCGCAGUGAACCGGGUACACUUGCUGGGCCUGUGCCAAUCCGCGAGGUUGCUGACCGCCCCAGGAUCCGCAUGCCCCGUGCCCUCAGAUCCCGCUAUGUCAAGCAGGUUGGAACGCAGAUCAACCUGGUCUUCCCCUUUAUUGGAAAGCCCAAACCUGUGGUGUCCUGGCUGAAGGACGGUCAACCUCUGGAUACAAAGAGGGUGAACAUCAGGAACAGCGACAAGGACAGCAUCAUGUUCAUCCGCAGCGCUCAGAGGGAGGACUCCGGUGUUUACGAGAUGACUGUUAAGGUGGACAGCUUUGAAGACAAAGCCACCCUCACCCUUCAGAUCGUGGAGCUGCCCGGCCCUCCUGCCAGCGUGAAGCUAGUGGACUCCUGGGGCUUCAACGCUGCUCUGGAAUGGACCCUCCCCAAGGAUAACGGCAACACGGAGAUCACCGGAUACACCGUCCAGAAGGCCGACAGGAAGACCGGGGAGUGGUUCACGGUGCUGGAGAACUACCACCGGCUAACCGCCACCAUCUCAGACCUCAUCAUGGGCAACUCGUACUGCUUCAGAGUGUUCGCUCAGAACCAGGUGGGCAUCAGUGAGUCCAGCGCCGUCACCAAGGGAGUGGCCACCAUCCAGAAGACAGGUAUUGUCUACAAGCCUCCCGAGUACCAGGAGCACGACUUCAGCGAGGCACCUAAAUUCACCACCCCCCUCAGUGACCGCGCUGCCACCGUGGGAUACACCACCAAGCUGCUGUGUUCUGUUCGUGGAUGCCCCAAGCCUAAGAUCGAGUGGCUGAAGAAUCAGAUGAUCAUUGGUGACGACCCCAAGUUUCGUCAGAUCUCUAAUCAGGGCAUUUGCUCCCUGGAGAUCCGUAAGCCCUGCAGCUUCGAUGGUGGUGUGUACACCUGCAGAGCCAAGAACGCCCAGGGAGAGGCCACCGUGUCCUGCAAGCUGGAGGUCAAACAGAUUGUUCUCUCAGAUGCCGACAAGGAGAAGAGCAAAUAAACCAACACCCAAACCUGCAGAGCGCUUUUAAAUGACGAGCAGAAGUUCAGGUCUUAUGUUUUAAGAGUGUUUGAGGAGGUGUAAGAAAAAGUCGCGGCUGGCUGUGCAGCAGUGUGUACAUAAUGAAAAAGAGGACAGAACAACAUACCAACAUCUCCAUAUCCCUCCCCCUCCUCCCCCCUAUCCCACCCACCUACCCACAUGUACCGGACUCACUCACUCCCCCCAGUACGCAGGGAAGACCCACGCCACCCAACCCGCCCAGUUUGCCAAAUGUUGUAUGUUAUUUUAGUUGGUGACAUGUAUGUAAGGCUAUAUUUACCAUGUGUUUUUUCUGCCAGUCCAUGUGCUGUUUGUUGCAGUAAAUAUACUGUAUGCACAACCUAAUAAAACAGUGAAUC